AUGGCCGUUCCCUUCAGUGACGUCCAUGAGCUGGAGACGCUGUACGACUCGGAAGGGCUGCAGAGUUCGGCAGUUCUGCUGUCAUUCGUCCUGCAGCCUUACCACAUGAUUGGCAGCUCGCUGCGACUUAAGUGUGUCAGCGUAAUCUCGGAGACAUUCCUGACAUCCAGUGAAGAGCUUAUCGUCGGCGACACGGUGCCCUUCUUACCGUAUCCAGAGACAAGUCCGCACAGUCCUAGAAUCGACGGUGGUCUGCCAAAGUACCGGGUCAACGACCUCGUGAACCUGACCUGUAGAUCUGCGGAGUACGAUCGGCCUCCGGAGUUGAGGUGGUUCAUUAACGAUAAGGAGGCUCGUCCCGAGUACCUGGUGAGGUACGAGCUCCAUGGGCACCCGAAAUAUGCCGCGUCACUGGGCCUUCAAUUCAGAGUGAGGCCCGAGCACUUCGAGGAUGAACGCAUGCACCUCCGCUGCACGGUGACGUUGUCGAACGUCCUCAACACCAGUAGUGUGGAAGCGAACAUCAAGAACAAGCACCGAACCAUGUCGGGAUUCAGAGCAGCUAGCAAACACGCCACCAACGGGGGAACCAGAGCGCUAGCGCCAUUGCUGUCAAGUCUACUGGUUUUCAUCACCCUGCCGAGGCUGUGAACGGUGGCGGUAAUCAUCGCGCUAAGCGCCAGCAAGAACUCACUGCCUCCACAUCAACCCUGCUUCUCUCUCGUGCG